AUGUCCAUGAUUGCAGCUUUCUAUGGUGGCAAGUCCAUUCUCAUUACUGGGGCCACAGGCUUCUUGGGCAAAGUGUUGAUGGAGAAGCUAUUUCGCACCAGCCCAGACCUGAAAGUCAUUUACGUCCUGGUGAGGCCCAAGCAGGGCCAGACCCUGCAGCAGAGGGUUUUCCAGAUCCUAGAUAGUAAGCUGUUUGAAAAAGUCAAAGAAGUUUGUCCAAAUGUGCAUGAGAAGAUCCGAGCUAUUUCUGCAGACCUCAAUCAGAAUGACUUUGCCAUCAGCAAGGAGGACAUGCAGGAGCUUCUUUCCCACACAAACAUCGUCUUCCACUGUGCCGCGACCGUGCGCUUUGAUGACCACCUCAGACAUGCUGUGCAGCUUAACGUCACUGCCACCCAGCAGCUUUUGCUCAUGGCCAGUCAGAUGCCGAAGCUGGAAGCCUUCAUACACAUUUCUACUGCCUUUUCAAAUUGUAACCUGAAGCACAUUGAUGAAGUCGUCUAUCCAUGUCCUGUGGAGCCAAAAAAAAUCAUUGACUCCAUGGAGUGGUUAGACGACGCUAUUAUUGACGAGAUCACACCCAAGCUGAUCGGAGAUCGGCCUAACACAUACACCUAUACCAAGGCCUUGGGAGAAGUGGUGGUGCAGCAGGAAGGUGGCAACCUCAACAUUGCCAUCGUACGGCCCUCCAUCAUGGGAGCAACCUGGCAGGAGCCCUUCCCAGGUUGGGUUGAUAACUUAAAUGGACCUAGUGGGCUCAUUAUUGCGGCUGGGAAAGGGUUUCUUCGGUCCAUAAGAGCUACUCCGAUGGCUGUGGCAGAUUUGAUUCCAGCAGACACAGUGGUCAAUCUCACUUUGGCUGUAGGAUGGUACACAGCAGUUCACAGACCUAAGUCAACAUUGGUCUACCACUGUACAUCUGGCAACCUCAAUCCCUGUAAUUGGGGCAAAAUGGGACUCCAAGUCUUGGCAACCUUUGAAAAAAUCCCAUUUGAGAGAGCUUUCAGGAGGCCAAAAGCUGACUUCACAACCAACAACAUCACAACCCAUUACUGGAAUGCUGUCAGUCACCGGGCCCCUGCCAUCAUCUAUGACUUCUAUCUUCGUCUCACAGGAAGGAAGCCCAGGAUGACAAAGCUCAUGAAUCGGCUUUUAAGAACCCUUUCCAUGGUGGAGUAUUUCAUCAACCGGAGCUGGGAAUGGAGCACAUACAACACUGAAAUGCUGAUGUCCGCGCUGAGUCCCGAAGACCAGAGAGUGUUCAACUUUGAUGUACGUCAGUUGAACUGGUUAGAAUACAUUGAAAAUUAUGUUUUAGGAGUUAAGAAGUACUUAUUGAAAGAGGAUAUGGCUGGGAUCCCAGAAGCAAAGCAACACUUAAAAAGGCUCCGAAAUAUUCACUACCUCUUCAAUACUGCUCUCUUCCUCAUCGCCUGGCGUCUCCUCAUUGCAAGAUCUCAGGUGGCUCGGAAUGUGUGGUUCUUCAUCGUGAGCUUCUGCUACAAAUUCCUCUCCUACUUUAGGGCGUCUAGCACACUCGAUGCCUAA